GGAAGGAAGGCAGACGGUGUUACUGCUUCAGUUCACCUGCAACAAAGAGAGAGGCACCACUGUGCUGUCUCUGUGGAGAACUCCUGACAUAGUCACGGCAGGGAUUUCCACUGGAAGAGCAGUGGCUGAGGUGACAAAAUGAACUUCAGCUUCAACAGUAAGGCAGGAGUCACCCUCCCUGGGAACAUUGGGGCUUUGUCAGAAGAACUUAUCCUCACCGAUACAAAUGAUGGAGGCAUCAUUAUUAAGGAUAUCCAACAAGACUCUCCAGUUGCCAGAGCUGGUACUUUGAAAAAAGGUGAUCAACUGAAUGCAGUAACAAUACAUUUUGACAAUUUAACCAGUGAAGAAGUUAGCAAAAUACUGAAAUAUUCAGAACAAUACAAAACAAGCUUAAAACUAAAUGCAAAAGAAGAACUCAGGAGUCCAGAUUUCAGACUCUCUAGUCCUGACAUGGGAUCUGGUGAUCAGGCGUACUUAAAGCUGUACAACAGCAAGAUUAAGCCACAUCUUAAGCUAGCAAAACCAAAUCUGAAUGUUGGAAGCCGAAAUGGAGAGGCCAAUGUAAAAAAUAAAACAUCAUCUUUUGGAGUAAAAGAGCCCAGGAUAUAUUCUCCUGAUAUUGACAUGAAGCUAAAGGCAACAAAAGAUAAUGGCCUCAAACUGCCAACAUCAAGGAUAGAUCUUGAAGCUCCAAAUAUCCAAGCUGAAGUCAAAAGUCCAACUCUUGAUGUAGGUAGCCCAAGAUUUAAAGCCACAACGCUCGAAGGAAAGAUAAAGUCCCCAGAGUAUCAAACACCAUCGUUUUCAAUUUCAAGAGGCAAAUCUAAAGUGCCAGAAAUGGAUGUGUCUGUACCAGAUAUAAACACUUCUGAUAUUGACAUUGGUGGUGUAAAUAUUCCUGAAACAAAAGCAAAUUUGAAAAUGCCAAAAGUACAAAUGCCAUCCUUUGGUCUAUCAGGACCAAAAACACCAGAAGUGGAGGUUGAUGGUUCAGUGAAAGCUCCUGGCUUUGAUGUGUCUGUUCCAAAUGUUAAAGAAAAUUUUGCUGCAUCGAAUGUGGAUAUAAAACUUCCAAAGGCAGAUGUAAACAUCCCAGAUGCAGACCUUAAUAAACGAAAAUUCACAAUGCCAAAAUUUAACAUGCCAAAUGCAAAUUUGUCAGCUCCUGAAAUGAACUUGAACAUGAAAACGCCAACUGUUACAAGCAAUUUAGAUGUUAAAUUGAAGGCUCCAAACAUCAAGAAGCCAAAUACAGGCACUUCCAGACUUCAAGGUCCUAAUGUGAACUUGGAUAGCAACAUAAAACUGCCAAAGACUGACAUAUCAGCUCCAGAGAUUAAGGGUGGAUUAGACUUCAAAACACCGACGAUGGACAAAGAUGAUGAUAUGCCUGACAUGAACCUCGAAGUACCUGAUGUAAAAUUGAAAAACACAGGGAUAAAGGCUCCUUCGCUCAACCUCUCAGGAAAAACUAUUUCUUCUCCAGAUAUGGAUGUCAAACUACCAAGAGCAAAUCUAGAUAUAUCUGCACCAAAAUUUCAAGCUGAUGUCAAAACUCCAAACUUGGAUAUAAAUGCUCCAAAGGUUGAUGACCCUAGUGCACAAAGAAGAUUUAAGUUCCCAAAAUUUAAAAAGCCCACAUUUACAAUCUCUGGAAACAAACCAAAAAUGCCUGAAUUAGAUGCACCUGUACCAGAUUUGAAGGCAGGCAUAAAUGGUCCAGAUGUUGAUCUAGGGGGAUUAAAAGGGAGUGUCAAUGUUCCUGAUGCAAAGUGGAAAAUGCCAAACAUGAAAACGUCAUCCUUUGGUGUAUCAGGACCAAAAGGACCUGAUAUGGAUAUUGAUGGAUCAAUAAAAGUGCCAAGUGUUGACGUGUCUGCUCCAAAUGUUAAGGGAAAUUUUCAGGCUCCAGAUGUUGGCAUCAAUCUGCCAAAAGGAGGUAUAGAUACAGACAUCCCAGAUGCAGAAAUUAAAGGAGGAAAUUUCAAAUUGCCAGGAUUCAAAACGCCAAGUGGUAAACUGUCACUGUCAGGUUCGAAUAAAGGACUGAAGAUGCCAAAACGUACGGUGGAUCUUUCUGCUCCUGAUUUUCAGGGGGAUAUCAGUGGCCCAAGUCUUGAUAUGAAAGGCCCAGAUAUUGAUAUCAAUGCUCCAAGUGUUGAUCUUCCUGAGGCAAAAUCCAAAUGGAAGAUGCCAAAAUUCGAAUUACCAUCCUUUGGUCUAUCAGGACCAAAAGAACCAGAUGUGGAUGUUGAAGGUUCAGUGAAAACACCUGGUUUCGAUGUGUCUGUUCCAAACCUUAAGGGAGAUUUUGCUGCACCAAAUGUUGAUGUAAAUCUUCCAAAAGCAGACUUCGAUGCAAACAUCCCUGCUGCUGAACUCAAAGCAGGUAAAUUCAAAAUGCCAAAGUUUAACAUGCCAAGUGCAAAUUUGUCAGCUCCUGACAUGAACUUGAACGUGAAAGCACCAACUGUGACAACCAAUUUAGAUGCUAAAUUGAAGGUUCCGAAGCUCAAGAAGCCAAAUGUAGACUUUUCCGGAAUUGAAGGACCUAAUGUUAAUUUAGAUGGCAAAGUCAAGCUGCCAAAAGCUGACUUAUCAGCUCCAGAGAUUAAAGGUGGGAUAGGAUCUGGUGGUUUAGACUUCAAAACACCCACAAUCAAUGGAGAUUAUGAUAUGCCUGACAUGGAUCUUGAAGUGCCUGAUGUAAAACUUAAAGGAUCAGGAAUUAAAAAGCCUUCACUUAACAUGUCAGCAGGCAACAUUUCCAUUCCAGAUAUGGAUGUCAGUCCACCGAAGGGGAAUAUAGAUGUGACUACUCCAAAAAUACAAACUGAUGUCAAAACACCAAACUUGGAUAUAAAUACAGCAAAUGCUGGUGGCUUUGGUGCAGAAGGAAAACUUAAGUUCCCAAAAUUUAAAAAGCCCACAUUUUCAAUUUCUGGAAACAAACCAAAAAUGCCUGAACUAAACACAAGUGUACCAGAUUUGAAAGCAGGUAUAAAUGGUCCAGAUGUUGAUCUAGGGGGAUUAAAAGGGAGUGUCGAUGUUCCUGAUGCAAAGUGGAAAAUGCUAAACAUGAAAAUGCCAUCCUUUGGAGUCUCAGGACCAAAAGGGACUGAUGUGGAUAUUGAUGGUUCGAUAAAAGCGCCAGGUAUUGGCGUGACUGUUCCAAAUGUUAAGGGAGAUUUUCAGGCUCCAGAUGUUGACAUCAAUCCGCCAAAAGGAGAUAUAGAUGCAAAUAUCCCAGAUGCAGAACUUAAAGGAAGAAAUUUCAAAUUGCCAGGAUUCAAAAUGCCAAGUGGUAAACUGUCACUGUCAAGUUCAAAUAAAGAUCUGAAGAUGCCAAAAGAUCAGCUGGAGCUUUCUACUCCUGAUAUUCAGGGAGAUAUCAGUGGCCCAGAUCUUGAUAUGAAAGGCCCAAAUCUUGAUCUCAAUGCUCCAAUUGUUGAUCUUCCUGAGGCAAAAUCCAAACGGAAGAUGCCAAAAUUGGAAUUACCAUUGUUUAAUCUAUCAGGACCAAAAGGACCUGAUGUUGAUUUUGAUGGUUCAGUGAAUGCACCGGGUAUAGAUGUGUCUGGUCCAAAUGCUGAGGGAAAAUUUCAGGCUCCAGAUAUUGACAUCAAUCUUCCAAAAGGAAAUAUAGAUGCAAACAUCCCAGAUGCAGAACUUAAAGGAGGAAACUUCAAACUGCCAGAUUUCAAAAUGCCAAGCGGUAAACUGUCACUGUCAGGUACUAAUAAAGGACUGAAGAUGCCAAAAGGUGAGGUUGAUCUUCCUGCUCCUGAUUUUCAGGGGAAUAUUAGUGACCCAAGUCUUGGUAUGAAAGGCCCAAAUAUUGAUAUCAAAGCUCCAACUGUUGAUCUUCCUGAGGCAAAAUCCAAUUGGAAGAUGCCAAAAUUGGAAUUGCCAUCAUUUAAUCUAUCAAAACCAAAAGGACCAGAUGUGAAUGUUGAUGGAUCAGUGAAAGCACCUGGGUUCAAUGUGUCUGGCCCAAAUGUUAAGGGAAAUUUUCAGGCUCCAGAUGUUGACAUCAAUCUGCCAAAAGGAGGUAUAGAUGCAGACAUCCCAGAUGCAGAAAUUAAAGGAGGAAAUUUCAAAUUGCCAGGAUUCAAAACGCCAAGUGGUAAACUUUCACUGUCAGGUUCGAAUAAAGGACUGAAGAUGCCAAAACGUACGGUGGAUCUUUCUGCUCCUGAUUUUCAGGGGGAUAUCAGUGGCCCAAGUCUUGAUAUGAAAGGCCCAGAUAUUGAUAUCAAUGCUCCAAGUGUUGAUCUUCCUGAAGCAAAAUCCAAAUGGAAGAUGCCAAAAUUCGAAUUACCAUCCUUUGGUCUAUCAGGAUCAAAAGGACCAGAUGUGGAUGUUGAAGGUUCAGUGAAAACACCUGGUUUCGAUGUGUCUGUUCCAAACCUUAAGGGAGAUUUUGCUGCACCAAAUGUUGAUGUAAAUCUUCCAAAAGCAGACUUCGAUGCAAACAUCCCUGCUGCUGAACUCAAAGCAGGUAAAUUCAAAAUGCCAAAGUUUAACAUGCCAAGUGCAAAUUUGUCAGCUCCUGACAUGAACUUGAACGUGAAAGCACCAACUGUGACAACCAAUUUAGAUGCUAAAUUGAAGGUUCCGAAGCUCAAGAAGCCAAAUGUAGACUUUUCCGGAAUUGAAGGACCUAAUGUUAAUUUAGAUGGCAAAGUCAAGCUGCCAAAAGCUGACUUAUCAGCUCCAGAGAUUAAAGGUGGGAUGGGAUCUGGUGGUUUAGACUUCAAAACACCCACAAUCAAUGGAGAUUAUGAUAUGCCUGACAUGGAUCUUGAAGUGCCUGAUGUAAAACUUAAAGGAUCAGGAAUUAAAAAGCCUUCACUUAACAUGUCAGCAGGCAACAUUUCCAUUCCAGAUAUGGAUGUCAGUCCGCCAAAGGGAAAUAUAGAUGUGACUACUCCAAAGAUACAAACUGAUGUCAAAACACCAAACUUGGAUAUAAAUACAGCAAAUGCUGGUGGCUUUGGUGCAGAAGGAAAACUUAAGUUCCCAAAAUUUAAAAAGCCCACAUUUUCAAUUUCUGGAAACAAACCAAAAAUGCCUGAACUAAACACAAGUGUACCAGAUUUGAAAGCAGGUAUAAAUGGUCCAGAUGUUGAUCUAGGGGGAUUAAAAGGGAGUGUCGAUGUUCCUGAUGCAAAGUGGAAAAUGCUAAACAUGAAAAUGCAAUCCUUUGGAGUCUCAGGACCAAAAGGGACUGAUGUGGAUAUUGAUGGUUCGAUAAAAGCGCCUGGUAUUGACGUGACUGUUCCAAAUGUUAAGGGAAAUUUUCAGGCUCCAGAUGUUGACAUCAAUCUGCCAAAAGGAGGUAUAGAUGCAAAUAUCCGAGACGCAGAAGUUAAAGGAGGAAAUUUCAAAUUGCCAGGACUGAAAAUGCCAAAAGGUCACAUGGACAUUUCUGCUCCUGAUUUUCAGGGAAAAAUCAGUGGCCCAAGUCUAGAUGUGAAAAGCCCAAAUAUUGAUAUCAACGCUUCAAGUAUUGAUCUUCCUGAGGCAAAAUCCAAAGUGAAGAUGCCAAAAAUGGAAUUAUCAUCCUUUGAUCUAUCAGGGCCAAAAGGACCAGAUGUGGACUUUGAGGGUUCAGUAAAAACAACAGGUGUGAAUGUAUCUAUCCCAAAUAGUAAAGGAAAUUUUGCAGCACCAAAUGUUGAUAUAAAACUUCCCAAAGCGUCUGGUGAUUUGGAUGUGAAAAUACCCACAAUUGGCACUGAUUAUGGUGCGUCCGAUCUGAAACUUAAAGUACCUGAUCGAAAAGUUAGAGACUCAAGUUUAACAGUGCCUUCACUUAACAUGCCUUCAGGAAAUGUAUCCAUUCCAGACAUGGAUACCAAUCUACCAACAAACAAUAUAACAGGAGAUGCAAAUUUGCGUAUUCCUGGUGCUGGAGCUCAUGAAAAAAAUUGGAAAGACCCCACCAUAGACAUGAAGGGUAAGAAAGUCAAUGUUAAGUCGCCAAAUCUGCCUGAUGAUUUUCGAGAAGUUGGUGUGGAUGUGAGCACACCAAGCCUUUACGCCCAAGCAAAGGCUCCCAGAGUAAAUGUAAAUAGUGAUGAGAAUAAAUUUUCAAGGGAAACAUUUAAAAUAAGAUCAUCAUCGUUAUCUGAUCUUGUUGAUGCACCUACACUGCCAAAAAGUGAUUCCAAUUUAAAAGCAAGAACUUCCAGUACUCUUCAUAUCUCUGAUGAUGCUUCAAGUAAAAAAAGUAAGUUCAAGUUUGGAAAGCUGUUUAACUUCAGUCACAAAUCCAAAGGAUCUGUUGACUUCACAAAAGCCAAGGCAGCAGCUUCUUCCGGGACAUUUACAUCAAAGUUCUCAAUCCCAGAACUUGAGCUCUCUGUGUCUAAAGACUGAAAACUUGCAUCAACCGGUUAUUAAGUCAAGAUGUAUCAACGUAUCUAUCUCAGUGACAAAUGUACAAUUCCUUCAUAUCAAUCCAAAUACGUAGAAUCUUUGAUGUAUUCUUACAGUCAAGUGACUCAUUCACGUUGAGGCAAAAACAACACCGUUACCACACAGAGAAUUAAAAAUACAAGAUGGUAAGGGAUCAAUCUCGAAUACCGAGUUUGUAACAGACUCAGCUAAGGCAGACAACAUCAGCUCAAUGCUAGAAAUUUUUAAACUUUGUACUUAAAUGAAAGGAUUUUACUUAUGUACCUUAAAUAUACGGUAACACCUGAAAAAAAAAGCUUUGCUUAGAAUUUGCAUAGAACUUGCUCCCACAACUCUUUGUAUUGAUUGUCUACUGGAAUCAAACACAUAGAAAUAGCUAUUGCAUCUGGGGAUUGGGAGUUGUUCUGAGAGAUGUUCCAUAUUAUUUGCUGUAAAAUUAUGAUAAAGUGCAAAAUAGACAAGCAUUGCUUUAAUUUUUGACAGUCUGAGUUCUUUCAAAACAAAUUUAUGCCCUAGUAAUCUUCUUGAAAAUAUAUUUCAAGUUUGAUAAUCACCUGAAAUCUUAUAAAUAAUAUCAUUUAAUAUUUUUUAUAAUGUUAAUAAAUGCUACAUAUUUAGUUAAGUCAGGUUAUGUUUUUGCUUUGUUUCAUCAAUCAUACAUAUAACAGCAGUCAUUAUAUUAAAUCACACUUGGUAACAUACUGAAAUGUGUUAAAUAUUUUACUUACAUUAGAAAUGCAAAACUCAGGAUUGUACAGGCUUUCAUAAUUCUUCAGUGUUAAAAUCAAUUUGUAAAAUAUUCAGUUUCUUUACUAUUUUAAGAAUUUAAAACAAUUUGAAGAGGAUUUACUGAAACAUUUUAAACAGUUAUUAUACAGUCUCACAUGAGGCUCUCAAGUGGUUGAAACCUCA